GGAGGUCUUGCGCAGGCGCGUUGGGAAUCAUCACGGAAGCUGUGGUUGCGGAGGACAGUGGUCUGGAGGGACGGAUUCCAAGAGUUGUACCAUAUGAGAUCUCUUACAGGCUGUGAUACAGGGUUUCUCUGCCUACAUCAGUUGCUGGUAGAGAGUUGGCUUCACAUGUGCUUCUACCAUCACGUGGUGAAUUUCUGACCAGGUGCAAUGACCUAGUGGUGGGCUGGAGAGGAUGUUUCAAAAGAAAGUAUGUCCUCGCUUACUGGACUACCUGGUCUUCAUUGGUGCCAGGCAGCCCAGCAGUGAUAGUAUUGCUCAGACUCCUGAGCUGCUGCGGCGCUAUCCACUGGAAGAUCACCAUGACUUUCCCCUCCCUCCAGAUGUGGUCUUCUUCUGCCAGCCUGAGGGAUGUCUCAGUGUGCGGCAGAAACGCACCAGCUUGCGUGAUGAUACUUCUUUUGUUUUCACUCUGACGGACAAGGACACUGGAGUGGUUCGUUACGGGGUCUGUGUCAACUUUUACCGCUCCUUCCAAAAGCGAAGCCGGGACAGGCCAGACAGGGGUCCGCAGCGCCCAAAGAGCAAUGCCGUAGAGACACUGGAUGACCACAAUAACUCCGACAGUGGCUCAUCUUUGGCUACGCAUAGUGCCGAUUCCACCCCUGACGUCAGUCGUUCGCCCCGGAUGAAAUCCCAUCUGAAGAGUGGGAAUCGAUCACGGAACAAUACCCUAACUUCACUCUGCAUACUCAGCCACUAUCCAUUCUUCUCUACCUUCCGUGAAUGUCUUUAUACCCUCAAGCGACUGGUGGACUGUUGCAGUGAGCGCCUGCUUAUUAAAAAGGCAGGAAGCUUGAAAGGCAUCCAAAGAGACACUAUGUGGCGGCUUUUCACUGGUUCUCUGACAGUGGAUGAAAAGUCCAGUAUCAUCCUCCAUGACGUGAGAGAAAUUGAAUCCUGGAUCUACAGACUCCUGCACUCCCCUGUGCCUGUUCCUGGCCAGAAGAGAGUAGAUGUGGAGAUACUACCCCAUGAACUCCAGCCAGCCCUAACCUUUGCUCUUCCAGAUGUGGCUCGUUUCUCCUUGGUGGAUUUUCCUCUGCAUCUGCCCCUCGAACUGCUUGGAGUUGAACCCUGCCUGCAGGUGCUCAGCUGCAUUCUACUGGAACAUAAGGUGGUGUUGCAAUCCCGUGACUAUAAUGCACUGUCCAUGAGCGUGAUGGCUUUUGUCGCAAUGAUUUAUCCUCUGGAAUACAUGUUCCCAGUUAUCCCCUUGCUGCCCACUUGCAUGGCUUCAGCAGAGCAGCUACUACUAGCUCCGACCCCUUACAUCAUUGGAGUCCCGGCCAGCUUCCUCCUCUACAAGGCUGAUUUCAAGAUGCCAGAUGAUGUGUGGCUUGUUGAUCUAGAUGCUAAUAAGGUUAUUGCUCCUACGAACGCAGAGCUGUUGCCCCUCAUGCCUGAACCCGAAGCCAGUGAGCUGAAGAAGCAUCUGAAGCAGGCACUGGCAAGCAUGAGCUUGAACACUCAGCCAAUCCUCAAUCUCGAGAAGUUCAAUGAAGCACAGCAACUGCCUCUGCUGACUGGUAGGGCACGCGAAGAGCAGACCUCCACUCCAUCUACUGAGUUCAACCCUCUCAUCUACGGCAACGACGUCGACUCUGUGGACAUUGCAACCCGGGUUGCCAUGGUGCGGUUCUUCAACUCCCCCAAUGUGCUGCAGGGCUUCCUUGCCCACACCAGGAUCCUCCGACUCUUUCCUCGGCCUGUUGUUGCUUUCCAAGUAAAUUCCUUCCUGGCGUCCAGACCCAAGUUGUCCCUAUUCACUGAGAAGCUGGCUCGGACUCAGGCUGUGGAAUAUUCUGGAGAAUGGUUGCUGAAUCCCACCAACUACACCUUCCAAAGGAUCCACAACAGUGUGUUUGACCCUGCUGUGAUCGGAGAUAAACCCAAGUGGUAUGCCCAUCAGCUUCAGCCUAUUUACUACCGGGUCUAUGACAGCAACUCUCAACUGGCUGAGGCUCUCAACAUUCCCAUUGAGAAAGAUGAUGGCUCUGAACCGACUGAUGACAGUGGGAGUGACAGUGUAGACUACAAUGACUCCAGCUCUUCCUACUCCUCCCUGGGUGACUUUGUCAAUGAGAUGAUGAAGUGUGACAUCAAAGGAGAUACACCCAAUAUUGAUCCUCUGACCCAUGCUGCCCUUGGUGAUCCCAGUGAGAUAGACUUCCAGGGCUUUCAGAAAGAUCGGGAAGAUCCAGAUGACCAGGGACUGGACAGCGAAAAUUCUCUGGAAAUCAAUCCUCCUCGUUCAAGUUCGAGUACAACAGCAAGUAGCAGUCCCAGUACGGUCAUACAGGGCAUCAAUCAUGAGUCCAUUGACUCGGUGGAGGCUGAUGAAAAGACACUGACUUUCCACAACCAUAUCGCAGCCACGUCGAUUCAGGCCUUUGCUAAAGCCAGCUUGGAGCGGCGGGAAAGUGAUGGCUUGUCUGAGGUUACGGGCCGGCAGAAGGACUAUGACAAUCCCUACUUUGAGCCUCAGUAUGGCUUCCCUACUGAGGAAGGCGAGGGUGAAGAUGAUCAAGGGGAGAGCUACACACCCAACUUCAUUCAGACCAUCAAUGGAAACCGGCCCCUGAAGCCACUUCGCCCCAAUAGUCUGAAACUCCCGAGUGACUCUGAAGUGGAAUCAGACUCAAGAGCAAGCUCCCCAAACUCGACCAUCUCUAACAGCAGUGACGGCUUUGGAGGAUUUAUGUCAUUUGCCAGUAACAUCUAUAAGAGCCGUGGCAGCAGCUUCAGUCUGUCUAACCUGGCAUUACCAAGCAAAGCAGGGCGAGACAAGAGCACACCGUUCCCCAGCCUCAAAGGUACCAGGCGAGCGCUGGUUGAUCAGAAAUCGUCUGUCAUAAAACACAGUCCGACUGUGAAGAGGGAGUCCCCAUCACCACAGGGCAGAGCGAACAACAGCAGUGAAAACCAACAGUUCCUGAAGGAGCUGGUGCAGAAUGUACUGGAUGGUCAGGGUGUUGGUUGGUUAAACAUGAAAAAGGUUCGGCGACUCCUGGAAAAUGAGCAGCUUCGUGUGUUUGCCCUCAGCAAACUCAACAGGACGAUCCAGUCUGAGGAGGAUGCCCGACUGGAUAUCCUAAAGGAUGUGGAGAUCAAUAAGAAGGUGUACCGUGGGAUGUUGGACCUACUGAAGUGUUGUGUGGCCAGUUUGGAACACUCGUAUAGCAAUGCUGGCUUGGGAGGGAUGGCCAGUGUCUUCACCCUGCUUGAGAUUGCCCACACUCACUAUUAUGUCAAAGAGCCUGACAAGAAGAAAAGGAGUCCGGUAGAGGGAGGCCCCUUCAUUGGUAUUAAGGAGUCCAUGCCCUCAAAAGGGGAAAUUAAGCCCCCCGACGUACCAGUGACUCACUUGCAACUCCCACCUAAAGCCACCGUCAACAAGGGGUUGGGCGAGUAUGACUCCCGGAGUCUAAAUGAAGAAAAUUUUUUAGCUUCAAUCGGUACUGAGAAUACCAAACCCCAACCGGAUUUCGAUCCAGAUGAGAAGAAAUCACAAAUCAGCGAAGAUAGUGGCACGAGUGUAACAAGUCUGCAGAAGAGUGACAGCGAGUCUAUUACCAGUUCUGAACUGCCUGUACUCACCCGGAGCACCAGCCAAGAGUCGGAAAGCAGCACCGUGGUCAGUAACAGUUCUGGAGAGACCCUGGGUGCAGAUAGUGACUACAGCAGCACUGCUGGUGAAAGCAAGGCAGGGAAAAAUACCCUGGGGACCAAGACAUCCAGGGUGACUCUUUCUGACAGCGAAAUUGAGACUAAUACUGACACCAGAUAUAUAUUUGGGAAAUCACACAUGCUGGUACCUGGAUUCAAGGUGACUAAAGGCAGCAUUGCAAGUCCACAGCUUCCUGGUCCCCCAGAAGAUAUCAGUCAGCGGGUUUAUCUGUACGAAGGACUGCUUGGUAAGGAACGGUCAGUGCUGUGGGACCAGGUCCAGUUUUGGGAGGAUACCUUCCUUGAUGCGGUGAUGCUGGAGAGAGAGGGAAUGGGAAUGGACCAAGGCCCACAAGAAAUGAUUGACAGGUACACAUCACUGGGGGAUCACGAUCGAAAGCGGCUGGAAGAUGAUGAGGACCGACUGUUGUCCACAUUACUCUACAACAUGAUUGUUUACAUGCUGAUGGUCAAGGUUAACAAGAAUGAUAUCCGGAAGAAGGUGAGGAGGCUGAUGGGAAAAUCGCAUAUUGGUCUGGUUCACAGUCAGGAAGUGAAUGAGUUGCUCGAUCGUCUGCCACAGCUGGAGAGCCGCAGUCUCCACAUCCGUCCCUGUGGCAGUCGUCACAUCAAGAAGCAGACCUUUGUGGUGCAUGCUGGAACCGACACCAAUGGUGAAAUCUUCUUCAUGGAGGUAUGCGAUGACUGCAUUGUGCUCCGUAGUAAUAUCGGGACAGUCUAUGAGAGAUGGUGGUAUGAGAAACUCAUCAACAUGACGUACUGUCCCAAAACCAAGGUCCUAUGUCUGUGGAGACGUAAUGGGCAGGAAACACAACUCAACAAGUUCUACACCAAGAAGUGUCGAGAGUUGUACUACUGUGUGAAGGACAGCAUGGAGCGUGCAGCAGCACGGCAGCAGAGCAUCAAACCAGGUCCUGAGCUUGGAGGUGAGUUCCCAGUUCAGGAUAUGAAGACUGGAGAUGGAGGACUGCUGCAGGUGACCCUGGAAGGGAUCAAUUUGAAGUUCAUGCAGAGCCAGGUUUUCAUUGAACUGAGUCACAUAAAAAAGUGCAAUACAAUCAAAGGAGUCUUUGUCCUGGAAGAAUUUGUUCCACAAACUAACGAAGUGGUGACUCACAAGUACAAGACUCCAAUGGCCCAUGAGAUCUGUUAUUCUGUCCUGUGUCUGUUCUCCUACAUGGCUGCAGCAAGAGGAAAAGAGAUGGAGAGCAAGAACAAGGUAACCCCAGCACGAUAAGACAUCAGCUCGUCAAGCAACCCUAACCUCUGUCCACCACUCACCAACCAGUUCAGCACUCUUGCUGCUCCGUUACAGCUGCGUUCACGGCAGGUAACGGCUGCUUGACUUGUACUUCCAAAUCACUUCAUUUGCUCACAGCUUGCCCAGUUUAGGAGGACUUCAUCUAAAUAUCCAUGCUAAAUGUACAUGUCAGCAGUUGCAUUACAAUAAUGAACUCUGGGCACAGUCUUAAAUACUAGUUCCACACUGGUUUGAUAACCUCACUGGAUUCAUCAUGGUAAACAGACUCAAUGUCGACCUUCACUGCACUGGAUUCACUGCAAACCUACCCAUUGAGGGCCAGUCAUGCACUGGAUUUGCUGUAAAUGUACUCAUUGAAAACCUUAGCACACUGUACUUAACUGUGACUACUCAUCGUGGACCACUCACUCCUGGACUGGAUUCACUGCAACAACAACAAAAAAGAACACAGUCGUGAUCCACUCACUCCUCCACUGGAAUCACUGCUAACCUCCCCAUCGUGGACUGCUCACUCCUCUAGAUUCAUAGCAAACCUCUCCAUCGGGGAGCACUCACCCCUGCGCUGGAUUCACUGCAAAGCUUCUCACAGAGGACCGCUCAUUCCCUGCACUGGAUUCACUGUAAACCUCUUUAUCAAGGACCUCUCACUCCUGCACUGGAUUUACUCCGCUUCCUCAUUAAGGACCACUCACACCUGCCCUGGAUUCUCUGCAAAACUCCCCAUCGAGGACUUCUCUUACAUUAGGUUGUCUGCAAACCUUCAACUGAAAACCACUCCUGCACUGGAUUUACACUUAACCUGCUCUUCAAAGGCUGCUCAUACACUGGAUUCAUUGCCUGUUCACCCAUGAGGAUGUAUUGUGCACUGACAUCACUGGGUAUUUAUUCACUUGGGGCCAGUUCUUCACGGAAUCUAUUCCAUAUUCUCCCAUUAAGAAAUUAAGACUGGAUUUGUAUGGAACGAGCACAUUUAGAAUUUACUCAGUUAUCUGCAAAUCAUCCACUGGAUUUACUGUGAAGGACAGUGGUACUGGAAGCCUGUCUUCUUCACCCAGUCUGGGUGACAAAGCACAACAGUUGCUGCAGAUUGACCCACUGAGAAUUAUCCCUCUGGAUUCUGUUAACAUAAUUCACUGUAAAUUCACCUGUUUGGAAAAUAAUCCCAUACUACAUUUGCCUCCAGAGGAGUGUCUCCUGCUGGAUUUGCUGUGAACUGCCCUCAUCAAUGACCUGUCCCAUGGUGGUCUGUUCAGUGUAAAGAAUUGCAGCAGUGGGACUGUGAGUGUUUCUGUUAUUCCACCGCUCGGAGUAACUUUCCUGAAUCAGUUGCAAUGACCAACAGUGCCAGGUGAGUGCAGGAGCCUUCGCUCUGCUCCUGCACACAGUGUUGUGGAGCUGAGGGCUGCUCACAUGGGAAGUGUGAGGAUGGACUUGGCCACAGUCCACAGUCUCCAGUUACAUAGUGACCCAGUGAGCUCUGCAGGUUGUAGGAACUGUGUGGCAGGACUGCCUCCUCAUCUGAUGACACUCAGCUGCAGAUUAAACCCUCUACGACAAGUGGGAUGGAAGAGUGUUUGACAAAACUGGUGACUUUAAAUGCAUCUGUCUGUGAGUGUCUAGGAGAGGCCUGAGUGCCCCCAUACUUGACCGUGGACUCCAUAUGAUCCUUCCACCACUUCAGCCAUCACUCCACCUCCAGUAGGGCAUCUUGAACAUUGAUCAUUUUACUGCUGCUUCUAGGUCACACCAGACUGUAGCCAACUGCACCCUUGUCUGACUCUUUUCAUACCUCGGUUUUCUGCUGUCCCUCUGAAUGUAAGGUCAAGGGUAGUCUAUGACAAUAUUAAGUGCAAAGUCCUCCAUAGAAUCACAGAGGCAGAGAGAGAGAGGACAAUUUCUUCUUCCUGUGCACAAUGACAGGUGUCAGCCCUUCCAGACACAGUGAUAGGCCUGAUCCCACCCAGAGUAUCCAAGGAGCAAGUUACUCCCAGUAGCUGAGGAUUCCCUUCUCUGUAUGCAAAAUCCAUCCAUAAAUUUGACCACAGUCUUCCCUUGCCCCAGUGACACGUAAUCCACCCAGAAGGACAAGAGCGAUCUUCACCCAACAGUGAAAGAGGAAUAAGCAGGCCUGUACUCAGUCAGCAGAGGAAUAGUCACUUCCCUCCACUAUGAGUGAUGAGGACUGAUACAUAAUGUACCAACCUCUGGAAAUGUAUUUCUCACCCAACAUAAAGAGAAAUAACACUCUCUUCACAAUGUGACAGAGUGAAACCACUCUGUACUCAUCUGACAGGUCAUGGAUGGAAAGCCAUUGUGUUUCUCUCUACAGAUGCUACUUGACCUGAAGUGUUACUAGAAUUUUCUGGUUUUAUUUCAGGUUGGCAACAUCUGCAGUUUUGUUUUGUCUUUCAGUCAGAGAUAGUCCUCUUCCUGUCAACAAUCCAGAAAUAUUGUACUUCAGAUACACUGCCAGAGCAUAAUCAUGCAGCACAGAGAGCUCCUAUACUCUGGGAGGGAGGGAGUCCCACCAGCAUACAGUGAGGGGGUGGGGGGAGUCCCUCCAUACCUGGAGUUUAACUGAGUAGUACACCUUCACAUGACAAUGAACAACAUCCAUUACCUCCGCAGUCACACUAGCCUCAAACCUAUUUAUUUUCCAGUAAAUCCUUCAUACACCCUGAUGAUCCCCUUGACACACUGCUGGGAAGUAGAGCAUGAGUGUGUAUUUUAAGCAGGUGCUGUGUCAGAGCCAGCAUUUCUCAGCUUGACCCCUAAAUUGAAUUUAAUGACAGCACAUUAUUCUCUGUAUGUUGUAUGUGUUUAUGUUAGAUAUUCUUUUCUAGUUUGACCAGCAGGGUUUGUUUUAUUUUUGUGUUUGCUGUUAUAGGAUUGGGAUUUUUGGUGUAAAUAAUUCAGUAUUUCUUGUAUUUAUAGCACUGUACAGUAUCUUGAAUGUUGCAAUAAAACCAGUCCAUGUG